AUCUUCGAUUUUAGUUAAACAUUUUGUUAGAGAGUAGAACGUGAAUUAUUGUGACGUCAGUGUGUUGGGGGCUGGAAGAAUUGACGUGGCAUUAUAGGUUUUACCACUAAAUCUCACCAUUUUCUACUUUAUCUAUCUUUAAGUAAGUGAAAAUACUAAACACCGAAAGUUCUUGAGGCAACUUAAAGAUGGGUUUGUCCCUUUCAUCACUGUUUAACCGCCUUUUCGGCAAAAGGAACAUGAGAAUCCUAAUGGGUAAGUUUUCACUUCCUGUCAUUGUCAUCGGUGUCGACUGUCAUCGGAUUAAACUUUUUUAGUAGACCUAAAUAAAUUAGUUGUAGUCUACUUUUCUCAAGUCUAGUCAAUAAUAAUGAGUUACCGUGAUAUUUCUGCAGUUAGAAUUUAUUCUUAAUUAUUAGGUAGAGCUGCAUUGCAACCUCUUUGGGAAGGGAAUCAAGCAUUAACUUGCCUGCCCAAGCCUAGUUACGCCUAGUAAAAAAAAAAAAAAAAAAAAAAAGCAUCAUUCCAGAUCUCAGAUUUGUCAUAGUAAAUUAUUCCUUUGUGACUAGUGACACUAUUUUAAAGAUUUGGUAAUUUAGUAGUGAUUUAGUGAUACACCGCUAAGUUACAUAAGUCCAUGUCUAGUAAUUACUAAAACUAUGUCUACAUGUCCGACGACUGCAAAAUAAGUUCUCCAGUUACGCGCAAAAUAAGUUCUCUAGUUAUGCGCAAAAUAAGUUCUCCAGUUACGCGCCCGGCGACCACGUCACAUGACCGCCCUAACAAAGUUGCACGAGAUAUUUUAUGUCAGCCUUGUCACGUGACCGCUAAUAGUCGAUCAGCAAAAUGGCUUCGGAGAUGCAUGUGGGCGACGAGUUUACUUUAUUUCAACAAAUAGGGCUGGGCAGAAGCGAUGCAUACAAGAAGGAAUGAAUACUGAGAGAGAGAGAAAGGAUAAAAAUGAAAGUGAGGGUGAUAAAUAAUUAAAGCGGGGAGGUCAAUAGUUCACAAAGAAAUAAGACCAUACAUCUUAAUAUAGAAUAUAGGGCCAAUAUAGUGUGCUGCUGGUGUAGCCUACUUCUCACACAAUAUUAAUAGCCUAAAAUAACACUUUUUUGACGUAGGUCUAUUGAAAGUCAACUAGCAGGUAUUGGUCUUACUUUGUUUGGUUCAUAUUUUAAAUUUGGGCUACUAGGUAGAGCUUUAUAAGACAUUUAAACCAGAGGCAUAGCAGGGGGGGGGGAGGGGGAGAUGUCACUGGGUGCCAGGCUAGUUAGGGACGCCAAAAUGUGCUUUUAUAUUAUUUUAUUUAUGAAAAUAAUGGGUUUCAGAGUUGAAAAAAGAAAGGAAAGAGGGUGGUGCCUUAAAAUGAAUCUUGUCUCCGGGCACCAAACAAUCUAGCUAUGCCUCUGAAUUAAACCAAGAUAACAGACUUUUUUUUUUUUUUUUGAAGAGUCGGAUUCAAAUAGACUAAUAGAGAGUUAUGUAGGCCUACUAGUAUGAUAAUAGUAUUAAUUCAAAGUCAAAAGCUUAUGAUACACUUUAUGUAUCUCAGAGCAUUUGAAAAUAUUACGAUAUUUAGUAUUUAUUAUUAUCUAGGGAUCGGCUGACUAAUAUACAUACACAAUAUUGGAACAUUAUAUGCAAUGUAACUAUUUUGCUGGCGACCUCUUUUCAAUUGACAUGUCUGCCGGAAUAAUAACACAUAAUAGUUGUCCGGCGGUCACGUGACAUGCCCCCGGAAGAAUAUAUCCAGCACUAUUUGUCCGGUCGCCGAAAAAGACACUGCCAUAAAACUAAUACGUUUUUGGGUCAGAGCUAGUAGUUGUUCUUUAUGGCCCUCACAAUGACAAGGGUAUGGCUGCAUCUGCUGGGUUCUAUCCACAUCUGCUGGGCACUGCUUUUAAAUAUCUCCAAAAAGUAAAGAAGGGCUGCCUCAGCACCUUCUAACUCCAGCACUGAGCAGAGCUCUGAAGGUGUUAAGCCAGCAAGUUUGUUUGUCUUGUUUCUGUGGAAAUAACUACAAGCGGAACUGUGGUUGGUUCUCAUCUAUGUUACCAAGCUUUGUUGUCAGUGUCUUGAGUUUACACCAAGUUUUGGUAAAUUGCAUUUGUUUAGAUUUAAGGCCGUUACUAGGCAUGGCGCGAGAAUGAGAAAGACGUUACUUUGUGUCCUUUCUAAAAAUAGAUGAACUUCAAACUUUUAUUUUCAAAUGGAUCAAACAAUUAAAUAUAUCAAAUACUUUUAUUAUAGAUCGCUUAAGACCAAAAACUUUUAAAGUUUUAUCAAAGUAAGUUCAAUCAUUAAGGUAACUGCUAGGGGUGUGCCGGAUCCGUUUUUUCCAACCGGAUCCGGAUUAAUCCGGAUUCCGGAAUAUUCCGGUUUCUCCCGGAUUCCGGAUUUUGGUACUAUUGGUAGAUACUUCGGUAAGUCAAGGUGGACUACUACUUUUUGUGUAUGGGAAUUCGCAAUCGGCGCCAAAAAAUCUGAGUUUUUAAUUUUCCGAUGUGUGUGUCUAUUUAUUAUUAAAUUAGUACUUUCGAUAUAUAUUUGAGUUCCGUUCCAUUUGGAUAAGUGUCUUACGAGAGACGCCAUGUUUCUACGCGUUCGCAGCAGGUCAUGCAGCUCGCUCAACCUAAUUUCGCCAUGGGGUUGGCCACGCCCCCCUUUUUAAUGGCGGAAGUUGACGAUACUUAGGAAAUAUUAAUAUAUUAUCACUAUUUACAUCAAAAUAAUUGAUAACUUGUGUUUCAGAAUGCAUUUAAAGACAUUUAAACUGGAAUGUUUUAAUUUGAGCUUUAACAACCCGGUAGAAUCCAUAUUAUAAAUGAUCAGAAUUUACCGUGUGCAACACGUUGUCAUUGGCAACCAUUCACAGCCACUUGCAUAACUGUAUCGUAGUACUACCUCAGAGUUUCAUUCAUAAGAGUUUGCCGUGUGCAAAAACUAUUAAACCAUUGGUCAGGGAAAGCUUUAAUUAAUUAUUCAUGUGCCAAAGUUGAAAGUUUAAACUAAGUCUAAACAGUAUUUUAGUGAUAAGGCAGGGAAUGCGUUGCCUUAUAUAAACUAUAUAGUCAUUGCGCAUGACGGGAUUGGCGGAAUGAGAUCACAGAAUGUGGAGAUGCAGUCCAUGUUAAAAAAUGACAAACCAAGUCGUACUUUAAAAAUUCAUAACUUUAAAACUACAACAGCUAAAAAUAUGAUUUUGGUGUUAUAAUUCUUUAAAAAAUUACAUCUUUUCAACUAUGCCAUUGGUUUAUUUUUACAAAAAGUUUAAAUUUUCUUAUCAAAGUCCCUACACUAUUGGCCACUAUUAGCGGUGCUGACUCUAGCCUCUGGUAUGUACGGAAUAUUAAACAUUAAACAAGCUCAACGCUCGAAACAAUCGAUUAAUAUAUCGUGAUCGUGUGGAAUUCGGGAAAGAGAAUUACUUUUAUUUCAGAUUAUGAUCCGGUGAGUCACAAAAUCAGGCAAAUUCCGAAAUCCGGUAUAUUCCGGAAUCCGGUUGUUCCGGAUACAUGUAAAUCCGGCGGAACCGGAUUUCACCGGAUAGUGCAAAAUCCGGCGGAACCGGAUUCCGGCACACCCCUAGUAACUGCUGCUGAAGUAUCAUUGCUGGAAGCAUAGGCUAUUUUGUUAUUUUUCAGAACAUUUCAAUCAUAACAUUGUUUCAUGGUCUUAUCAUUCUCUGCUUAUUAUUUUUUUUUCAAGCGUGGGUCAUCAGAACACAAGAGGAGGUUGAUGAAACUGCCCUUAAAAUUAACUAAGAUUAAAAUUAAAAUAAUUUAUAAUUUUAUUGGUAAUUUCACUUAACUAUACAUUUUUAGAUUGCUUUCAAAAUCCAGUACUUUCUCAGGAUGUUAAAUGAUGUUUUUUAUGUUAUGCUUUUUAGAAAUGUAGUUAAAUAAUGUAAAUUGAUCUUAGUCUUUAAAUUCUCAACACAGUUGGUCUGGAUGCAGCAGGAAAAACAACAAUUUUAUAUAAACUGAAGCUGGGCGAAAUUGUUACCACCAUUCCAACAAUAGGUAAUAUAUUUUUACAAUUUCGUUCUAAUAUCCAUUUUACUUAAUAUACUUAAAUUUGGUGAAUGAAACUUGAUGUAAUGUUAACAUUUUUUAAAGCAUUUUUUUUAUCUCAUUGGGUACUUUUACAAUCUUGCUGCUUGUUAAAUGAAGAACAUAGUAAUUACAUGUUACAUAUUAUUGGAUGAUCUAUUAUUUGAUACCAAUUAUUAGUUCACUGUUAAUUAUGGCUUUGAUUUAUGGCCAAAAGAUUAGCAUUUUAGGUGUGCUAAAAUUUUACACAAAUGUCAAGAUUUCAAAAACAGGUGAAAGCAAAAAAAAAAAAAAAAUAAGUAUUGAGGCCUAAGUUAAAAUCUUUGUUAUAUGCAUGAAUGAAAUACAUUUUAAAAAUACAUAUAAAACUUUCAAUCAAUUUUACCAAAAUUUUUAUUAAUUAUUAUUGAUUUAUGGCCAAAAGAUUAGCAUUUUAGGUGUGCUAAAAUUUUACACAAAUGUCAAGAUUUCAAAAACAGGUGAAAGCAAAAAAAAAAAAAUAAGUAUUGAGGCCUAAGUUAAAAUCUUUGUUAUAUGCAUGAAUGGUAUCCAUUUUAACAAUACAUAUAAAACUUUCAAUCAAUUUUACCAACAUUUUUAUUAAUUAUUCCACUUUACAAAUGCAUUCAUAAGUUUAAAAUUUCAAAAAGUUUGUUCUUUUCUUUAAAAAAAAAAAAAAAAGCUAUAAGAAAACAAGGCAGGUGUUUCAUGAGAGAAAUACUAUUAUUAUUAUUAUUAUUAUCAUCAAGUGAAGAUAAACAAUUUUAACCUAUUUAAUAAAAUAAAAUAAAAUAUGCCACACUGGGUACCAAUAUUGUUUAUGAACUAUGACAAUUUCUGUUAACCAGAGAAUCAGAUAUUUAACUAAGGAAACAGAAGUUUUUUUCUCUGUUUUAUAAACCUGAUAUUAAUAAUCUUGAUAAACUUUUCUUGACUUGAAAUAUAAUUUUAAAAAGUCCUUUGAAGAUAAAUGUUGAGCCUUUUUUUUUUUUUUUUUUUUUUUUGGGGUUUUUUUUUUUUUUUCCGGUUUUUUUGGGGUAUCAUUUUGUGCUACCGGCAUUUUGUGAAGCCUGACUGGAUUGACAAUAUGGCUAACAAAAAUCGUGUCAUGGACAAAACAAAAACACGGUGCACGGACUAAAUUUUUACAAAAUUAGAAAACAAAAUUUACACUUAAAAUUGAUAUUUUUAUCAAAUUUAUCCAUGAAAUUACAGUUGCAUGUUAAAAUAACAUUGGUAUAUAAAAAAGGUGAGAAAAAAAUAUAAUAUAAUCCACCAGUCUCUCACUACAGAAAAGUCAAUAUAACAUACUUUGAGAGUUAAGACUAUUUGUGAUACUUAAAGGUUACAGAACUUUAUCAUCAUUCAAUACAAUAUACACAAUUUAAUUUGUCUUCUACAGGUUUUAAUGUUGAGUCGGUAGAAUACAAAAACAUAAGCUUUACUGUGUGGGAUGUUGGUGGUCAAGAUAAAAUUAGACCUUUGUGGAGGCAUUAUUUCCAGAAUACACAGGUAAGAUAAUAACUUCUGACGCAACAUCCAGAACUUAACCUCUUCAAUGUUCUCUGAUCAUAUUAAAUCCCCAAGUAUUGUGAAUCAAUAACUUAUUUUAAUGGAGCAACUUACAUAAUUUUUGUGUGUUUUUUUUUUCAGGGCCUCAUAUUUGUAGUUGACAGCAAUGACAGAGAAAGGUUAGCGGAAUCAAAGGAUGAACUGACAAAAAUGGUAAUGUUUAUAUGGAAAAUCACUGUCAGUCAUAAUUUGUGUGUUGGACCUUGAAAUACUGUAACACACAUGCUCUGACAUCAUUAUCAUUGUAACUUAUUUCUUAGGCUGUGGGUUAUGUCAGUAGCAUGGUUACUUUUUUUAAGUUAGUAAUUCAGAAUGCCGGCUAAGACUUCAUCGUUCUUCCUCGUAUUAUCCAGUCACGCAAAUAAGAAUACUGAAUCCUGGUUAAACUGACAGUACUUUAUUAAAUCACAGUUUACACAAUCUAACUCAACUCCGACUAACUCUGACUCUCCUUGCGCUCAGCUCUCCUUAUCUCAGUCAACUCAUACUUUAUUACCAGCAAAGCGUGGAAAACAACCGCUCUGACAAAAACAUAAUUUUACUCUCCAAAAACGUGGAGCUCACAUUGUCCUCUCAAACUACAAUUCAUUGUCCCCGUGGACAAAACAUGGUCAACACCAUUCACUGUUCACUCAUGCUACCUCUCUGUUUUCAUGUGAAAACAUAGUCCGUUACAAAUACCUUAAUUUUAAGUCAAAUUAUCUGUAAUUUUUAAAUAAAUGUAAACUAUAUACUGUUGCUCCAAGAUAGCUCUCAGUUUUACCUUAAGCAGACUUAAAAUUUUAUGUUCCAAAGAGCCACUUGAGGUUCUUGCUACAUUUGAACUAUUUUUUAAUAUAUUUUAUUACCAGUUGGUAUGUAGAGUAAAUCAUCUGCAACCCUUUUUAUAGACGGUGUACUUAAAACAUUGAUGGAAAUACUAAAACAUGGAUUCCAUCUUAACUCAUUCCCAGGGGUUGUGGCUAAAUGCGUCCUUUGGGGUUUUGACGAAUGCUGCAAAAUGCGCCCUGUCUCUAUUCUAAUUAAAAAUAGCAAUGAAAUCUCGCAUCCCUUGCGACUUCCAGCGAUGGCAUGAUUCCAAUUUAAAAACCGGAAGUUUUUAUCUUGUUUUACUUUAAAACUACGUGUGCUUUAGUAUGGUGCAUCUAUAUCUAGCAUGUGUUCGUCCGAGGUGCCAAAAAUCGAAUUUUUGGGCAUUGUUCAUUAUUCAUUAUUUUUUCACCGCUAAUGUUAUAUUUUUUAUUAAACCUUAUUCGUUUUUUUGGAGCAUUUGUUCUUAAUUCAUUAACAUUAAAUAAUAUUUAGCAGGUUAAAAAAGUAUUUUACAAAUGUAAAUCAUUUGCAAAACGGAGCUACUCAGGUAUAUAAGUUAAAGUACGGAAGUAGCACUGCUGUAAGGAAUGAGUUAAUAUUUAUGAAUAUUAGUCUUUAAUUUUGAUUUCAUAACAUAAUUUUAUGAAGCUUUCAUACUAAAUUAAAGUUAUUCCCUGUCAAAGUGUUAGAAUCCCUGAAAGUUUGUUUUGUGGGAGGGUCCAUUUGUUGUGAAUGAGAAUAGAGUUAGUGUGCCUGAACAUGGAUCGGACUAUAAGCGUAGGAAUGCUAUAAAGAGAGGGGAUCUUUAAGGGGGGUAGUUGUGUGCAGGUGAUCAGUAGAGCAGGGGGAGAGUGAGUGUGUCGGAUGCUGAACGUAUCAAUGUUACGACAGUUUAUGUUAGCAUUGUUGCCAGAGAUCCCAUUAGUAUAUGUGGUUCUUUGGCUAAGCUUGUAAGCGGAACCCACAUUACAAAUGGGAGAACGUGUUAAAGUGUAUUGAAAUAAAAGUUUAUAACCAAUGACUGGAAAGAAUUUUGCUUCAAGUGUUUUGUGUGCUGGUGUACAGUGUGUUUCAUAUGUCAUUUCAUACCCUAUGCAACAUAGACAUGCGAUUCAAUUCUUGACAGUCCCUUUCAAAAGGGAUUAACAAAUGUGAAUGUCAAAACUGUCAGGCUUAAUUAAAAAUUUUAGAAUAAUGCAUUAGACAUGUUUCAAAAACCAUUUAACUGAUGGGAUCUUUUGCAGCUCCAAGAAGAUGAGCUCAGAGAUGCUCUACUUUUGGUGUUUGCAAACAAACAGGACCUCCCCAAUGCCAUGUCAUGUGCAGAUAUAACAACAGCUCUUGGACUUCAGAAUUUGAGGAACAGAAAAGUAAGACAAGCCGAUUCCCUCAUAGCUGUUAAAUUAAAAAAAAAAUUUUUUUUCAUGCUGGGGGUGUAAACAACUGCUUAAUGCCAGUAUGGGUUUAGCAAAAAUGACGUUGAUUAUCGGAGGGGGGUGUUGUAUGAUUAAAAUUUGAGAAAAAAAAAGAUAUCUCAUAUAAUAAAUGAAAAAUUAAAGGUGCAGACAGAAAGACAUAAAUUCAAAAAACGUCUCGUCAGUUAUUGUCAGUAGGAAAGAAAACUUGAAUGGAAUAUUAUUAAAAUACAAAGCAGUAAUGCAUAAUUUUCUUUGUUGAAAAUAACAGUUAUGAAGUUAUAGUUUAAAAAUAUAAAUGAAACAGAUUUUAAAUAUCAGUACUGUUAAAGGGUUAGAAAUAAUACUGCAGGCUAUGGCGACUAAUUAAGUCAACUUCUGUUACCGGGGUAUUAUAAUUAUAAUUACUAGGUUAUUGUCGAAAUAACAUAAUUUUUUUGUUAUGAUUAUAUAACAUUUCAUUCAUUAAGAGGUUUCAUUAUGUGUUAUGGGUUUGCUUUUAUUGCAGUGGUACAUUCAAGGUGCAACUGCCACGCAAGGAACAGGACUGUAUGAAGGCUUGGACUGGCUUUCCAACGAGCUCUCCAAGUGAUUGUAAAAACAUUGUUUAGCCUCAUGUCUACAUCGUUACUUUUCACACUUCACUCAUUUUGACCACAAAAAUCACCAUCACUGUGACUGGUCUGACUGCCUUUGUCUGGCUGCACCGGUUAUUGUCCUACAUAUUUUAUUUGCAUCAGUGUUGAGAGGAGAGAGAGAGUGAGAGAGAGAACAAGUAAAAUUUUGUAGACAUGGUCAUGUGAUCACCUAAAUUAACUAGUGUUAUCAAAUGUAAAACAGCUGUCUUUUUUUUAAAGUGGAAUUUCCUGACGACUACAAUUUGUAAUUUACACAUACCAUCCAAAAAUUCCUGUAUUUUAUUAUUAAUAUUUUUUAAAAUAAUAUAACUUAUGCAGAUUUUUUGUUUUGUUUUUACGGGGGAUGUUUUUGUGCAAUAUAGGACAUUCCCCUUUGUGUGUCUGCAUGAAUAAACUUGUUUAUUUAUUAUCAAACUCUUUUUUUUCACAUUUUUUAAAUAAAAGUUUCUUUCAGUUUUCAGUUAUAUAAAAGAUCCAAUGUUUGUGAUGUGAUGGAAGAACUCUGGUUGAGGUUCUGUUGUUUUUUUUUUGUGUGUUUUUAUCUUUUGGUUAUAUUGAAACAACAACUGGACUAACUCAUGAUUCGAUGACCAACACUGUGGAAUUGCUCAUAAUACCUGUGUUUAGUUUAAAUAAACAUUUUUUUUUAGAAUGAUUACUUCAAAAUGUUUUUUUUUUUUUUUUAAAGAAUUUUACUUCAUUGAGCUUGCUAGGCAGUCGCUCAUUCCAGUUUGAAAAAAAAAUUCCUUACGAUGACCAACACUGUGGAAUUGCUCAUAAUACCUGUGUUUAGUUUAAAUAAACAUUUUUUUUUAGAAUGAUUACUUCAAAAUGUUUUUUUUUUUUUUUUAAAGAAUUUUACUUCAUUGAGCUUGCAAGGCAGUCGCUCAUUCCAGUUUGAAAAAAAAAUUCCUUGUUCAGAAUCAGUGGCUUGAUAUUAUUUUGAGUCAUAUUUCUGAGCCUCACAAUAAAAUUAUGCGAAAUUGUUGUGUUUUAGUGUAGGUCAUCAAAGAUGUGAAAUGAAUAUGUCUUUGCUGUGUGCAUGCCGUUCUGCAUCUUAGGCUGGUGUGUAAUGAUGGUGAGAGCACACAUCUGACAUUGAGUCAACCAGUCAUGUAAAUAUAAGCAGACUGCCAACUGGAAAAUUUGAAGAUUUGUUUUCUGCAGUUGUAUUUGAAAUACCAUAAUAUGGGGUGAAACGUAGACUGUUGGGGGUGGUGGUGGGAUUUAGAUAUACUCCGAAUGGAAUGCCACUGUGACUACAAUAAAAUGUGUGAAAAAUCUCUUGUUUUUGUCUCAAACUGUAUGGCUUGAAAAUGUGUCCCUAGUUAUCAAGUUCAACUUCAACUUUGUUUCUGAAAAAAAAUCUCCAAUUCAUAUAUUGGACUAAAUGGCUCUAAGCUACCUGAUGUUAAUGUAUCAAAAAAUGUUACAAUGAGUAAAUCUUAACGUAAAUUUUUUUGUACAAACAGGAAAGUGAUUGGGCAGAUUAAAAAAAUGCAGCCACUGUUUGACAGACAGAAACUAUUUAAAGAAUUUUUCUUUAGUGAAGCGGAGAUUUUAUUGACUGUGUCCUAAUCCUACAUUUACACCUACUCUAGGACAGCUGGUAAUGUUGGAACAUUCUGUUUGAUCCAUUUUAUACUUGUAGACUUACAUUAAUUUCUGGAUUUAUAACAAUGAUUUUGAAAACAGAACAAGUGCUCAGGUCUCCAGAUAUUUAAUAGAGGGUAAAAAUUACAUAGUGAUGCUGUUUAUGUUUUGCAUCUCAUUUUACAUGGAUUUUGUUAGUGUUGGGCGGUACUCAAAUCCAUCUAAAAAAUAAAUCAAAGUUUCUCAAUAAAUUGGUAUGUGAUCUCUGUCACCGAUAGAAAUUUUUUGGGGACGGGAAAACUAUACGCUCACAGAUAAAUUUGCUAUUUUCCUUACCCUCACGCCUUAGUUACAUGAAAUGUUUGUAAAUUCUGUUACUUAUUUACACAUUCUUAAAAAUAUAUAUAUAUUUUUUUUUAAAUAAUUAAAAUAAAUGUAAAAUGCAACAAAUUUGACGGCACAUUGCAUCACUGAUUUAGAGCACCCUUUUGAAACAAUGCUGUUGUGGAGGAUAUCAGGGCGAGAUGAAACUGGUCCCUUAGCUGUCAAUAUGAUGAGAAUAUGUUGUCCUACCUAUGUGAUGUUGACCUACUUGUGAACUACUGCUAUAUAUGCGUGUGACACACUAGGUUUCUGAAGCCUAACUGAAACAUCAAGUGUAUCUUUGUUUUACUCUGCAUGACUAUGGGGGAAAUUAUGGGUUUUUUAAAGCAUGUCGCAAAAAGAAAAAAAUCAUUUCUUGAGACAUUCUUUGAUUUGUUUGAAAAACUUUUUUUUGUUGUUUUUUUUUUUUGUGUUUUUAUUAUUAAUUUUUUUUUAAUAAUUCUAUGCUUGAAAUUGUAAAGAAAAAAAUUAUUUUUUGAGACAUUUUUUGAUUUGUUUGAAAAACUUUUUUUUGUUUUUUUUUUUUUUUGUGUUUUCAUUAUUAAUGUUUUUUCAAUAAUUCUAUGCUUGAAAUUGUCUAUAACUUAUAACAAUUUUCACUUGGUGUUAGUAUAUCUUGUGAUGAGGGAUGAGCACAUUUUGCUUUUGAUGACUUGUAUUAUUUCUGAGUCACACUCUACAGCAGGCCUGCACAACAUACGGCCCGUGAGCAGGCAUCUGGCCUGCCAGCACCCACUUUGUGGUCAGCAAUGAAACAAAAUAUUUUUUAUUAUUAUUACUUUCUUUAUAGCUUCCCCCCCCCCCUGUCCAUUCUCUUUUGGCCCGCACAAGUUUUUGCAUAAAGUAUUACGGCCCGCCUUACAUUUUGAGUUGUGCUGCACUGUGCAUGCCUGCUCUGCAGCAUUGCAAUAAGCUACACAAAUGUUUCGCUGGAUUAAGCCCUUUAAAGUUGAUUUAAAAUCAUGAAAUUUUGCCCUGAUCAACAUUUGCCGCCAGAGCUGACUAGUUCAGAUCUCAGGUAUUAACAGAAGAAAGAAUUAAAAAAGUCUAUGUCAAAUGUAAAGUACAUGUAAUAACGGUUUAGUAUUUAGAUUGUUGUUGAACCUUAUAAAGGGCUUGAAACUGAAUACAAA